AUGUCAACAUCGUCAAAUACUCCCUCCAAAAAACUUGAUGCUUGUAUGAGAAAGAUGGAUGGUGCCGCUCUUGUCCGAAAAAGGGCAAAAUUUCCUUCUAUAUCAUUCGAAUCUAUGAAAUAA